CCUCUGCAACCUUCAUAUAGACGAGCUUACCAUAUAGAAUUGGUCACUUCUUGAUGUGAAACGUGGAUGGAAUUACAACUUUAACAUUUAAUUUAGGGAAAAAGAGUUAGAAUUUCGCGAUAAUAGUUUUUUUUGAUGGAGCAUACUGUGAGUUCAUGGCCGCCGGCGUCCCCAGAACAAGUGAAACGAAACGUAAAGACCAUGUCGCCAACGAAAACAAUGCUGUCUCCUUCGUCUUCCCCAAAGCGUGCAUCCAGACGAUCGAGUAUUGUCGGUGAACAGCUCGUUGCUGAUGGUGAAGAGGAUGAAGCACUACUGCAAUUGCAGUUAAAGGAAAUUCAAACCAAAAUGGAGCUCAUACGUGCUCGAAAACGAAAGAGGGAGAGUGAACAAGAGGAGAAGAUCGAAGUUCCACGGUCUCCAGAGCCUCAACGUGUCAUCCAGGUCCCCUCGCCAGCGAAAAUGCACAGUCCAAGUCGCGUUAGAAUGGGUGUGGACAAGGGAAAAACAGGAAAAGACAUAUCAUUGAAACCUGCUCCCAAAGGCCCUUCGUUCACCGAACGUCUCAUGUCUGCGCGACAAGAAGAACGCAGAGAGGCCGCAAUGCAGAAACGACGCAGACAAAACCGUCUAAACGGCUUUCAUGCCGGACAAACAUCUUCCAACACGCACGAAAGUGCCGAAACUGCCAUGAAAACCAAACACACGAAAUCCGCUUCAACGACAAAUCCAUCAAAACAUGCCAUGACCGCUCACGAAUCGUCCACGAAUCCCCUCUCUACUCCUCACUCCCCCUCUCCUACAAACCCAGCAUCGUGCAACGAAGUGGACCCGUACAGCCGGCAAGAGAUGAAUCUAAGAUUCAUGAGCGAUGAGCAAUUACGAGAGUGCUUGUCGGGAAUGCGAGUGUUGCUCGUACCGCACAUGCUCAAGCUCGUAAUUCCACCGAAAUUUGAGCCACCGGAUGAGGACAAUUACGUGCUUGCAGGAAUUGUUGCACAAAAGUCCCCGGUCCUGACCACCGCCCGUGGUUCUAAAUACUGCAUCAUUACCCUAACUGACCUCAAAUCUGAGCUCGACUGUUUUUUGUUUGGUCGUGCAUUUGAGCGCUACUGGAAGGUGCAGACAGGCACGAUUGUGACCAUUCUCAAUCCCGAUGUGCUCAAACCCGCCGACCGCACAUCGUACAGCUUCUCGCUAAAGCUAGACACAGACGGGGACUCACUGCUGGAGAUUGGUCGGUCAAAGCAUCUGGGCCACUGCACAAGCCGUAAGAAGGACGGCAAGACGUGCAAUCGCUGGGUGGAUAAGCGGUCGAGCGAAGUGUGUCGGUACCACGUGGACAUGGCUUUCGACCGUUCCGUCUCGCGACGCAUGGAGUUUUCCAAUGCAACCUUCCUUAGAGCGCCGGCCUCACAUCGAGACGCUCGAGGCCGCGCAGGCUGUGAACGAAAACGUUAUUAUGCCGGCACAGAGAUUGUGCUACGGUCGGGAGGACAGGCCGCAUCCACCUUUUUUGAUGACGAGGAUGCGGUAGCAACAGAAGUGGAACGGAAGGAGCGUUAUCGCCGCCAAAUGCAGAAGGCCGAACAGGAACGUCGCAUUCUCGAACGCUUGUCCCAGACCAAGGGAAGCAUCUUGCGACACCAUUCGCUAGGCUUGGAAUAUCUGCGAAUGGAGCAACCUGGCCGCGAAUUGGGUGUGAAUGGCGGCGACAGCGACAGGAACGAACACAGCAACCCAGCAGCAGCAGCGGCGGCGCCUUCCUCUAAGCAACAGCAACAAUCGCCUGCAUCUUCUUCUACUGCGGGGACAGCAGUCGCAUCUAACGCUUCUGCUGCUGCUACCACUGCUUCGCCAACCGGCGUUUCGGAUGACGCAUCCGCUACAUCAUCGGCUUCCCCACAUUCUGCGCGCGCAGAAUCUCUCGUGCGCGACGGAUCGGCCAAUGGAUCAGCGGCAAGCGCAACUUUCCGUGUGUUCUCCGCAAAAAGUUUGCGACGCAUUGGUUUCGAUCCUACACAAAAAUCCCCAUACAGCAGUGUGGAACGGCCUUCUAGUUCACGCGCAUUAUGUCUGGAUGGUCUUCGACGUUCUAGUUCGGAUGUGCGCUUGUCACCUCUCAAAAACGUUAAGUUACAGUACGCGUUUACGGAGAGUGACGAUGACGAUGAUCUUGAGAUUAUCUGAGAGACAAGCAGCGCUCGCCGACGGUUGGCGGACGCAGGCGUGAGCCGAGUUCGUGUUUCUACUUUUACUCUGAUAGAGGCAAGAAGGACAUGUGAGUUUAUCUUUGCGUCACUAGCCAUCUAGUGCUUUAUAAACAGUACGUUGGCUGUUCCAACGGAAAAAUACGUCCAACAAAAAUUG